AUGGAUAGUCCGGAAUUUUGGUCCAUUUGGUGUCAGUUCCUGUUUGGGCUACGAGGCAAUGCUUUGACUGGAACCCUGUCCCCUGACAUGUGUCAAUUGACUGGCUUGUGGUAUUUUGAUGUGAGAGGCAAUAACUUAGCUGGCACAAUUCCAGACAGUAUUGGUAACUGUACAAGCUUUGAGAUACUGGAUAUAUCUUAUAACCAGAUAACUGGUGUGAUACCAUACAAUAUUGGCUUCCUGCAAGUGGCAACACUGUCACUUCAAGGAAAUAAGCUAACUGGGAAAAUUCCAGAGGUGCUUGGCUUGAUGCAGGCUCUAGCUGUUCUGGACUUAAGUGACAAUGAGCUCAUUGGACCAAUCCCACCCAUACUUGGCAAUUUGUCGUAUACUGGAAAACUAUAUCUCCAUGGCAACAGUCUAACUGGACCAAUCCCGCCAGAGCUAGGCAAUAUGUCAAAGCUUAGUUACUUGCAAUUGCAUGAUAAUCAUCUUGUUGGGACCAUUCCUGCUGAGCUUGGGAAGCUUGAGCAAUUGUUUGAAUUGAAUCUUGCAAAUAAUAACCUUGAAGGACCCAUUCCACAUAAUAUCAGUUCCUGUACAGCACUGAAUCAAUUCAAUGUGCAUGGUAAUCACUUAAGUGGGUCCAUCCCAUCUAGCUUCCGCAAUCUGGAGAGUUUGACUUACCUAAACCUGUCAAAGAACAAUUUCAAAGGUUGGAUACCAACUGAGCUGGGACGAAUCAUUAAUCUUGAUACAUUGGAUCUUUCUGACAAUGAUUUCUCUGGACCUGUUCCUGCUUCUAUUGGCGAGCUGGAGCACCUUCUUACCCUAAACUUGAGCCGGAAUCAUUUUAAUGGGUCAUUGCCUGCUGAAUUUGGCACUCUUAAAAGCAUACAGAUAAUUGAUGUGUCUUUCAACAAUCUCUCUGGUAGCAUCCCUGCAGAACUGGGCCAGCUCCAAAAUAUCUUUUCUCUGAUAUUGAACAACAACAACUUGCAUGGCGAAAUUCCGGUCCAGCUUACCAAUUCUUUCAGUCUAUCCAACCUGAAUGUGUCUUACAACAACUUAUCUGGGAUUAUACCUCCAAUCAGAAACUUCUCAAAAUUUUCUCCUGACAGCUUCAUUGGAAAUCCACUGUUAUGUGGCAACUGGUUUGGAUCAAUAUGUGGUCCUUCGAUACGGAAGUCUAGGGUUAUUUUCUCCCGAGCUGCUGUUGCUUGUAUGAUUUUGGGCUUCAUUACAUUGUUAGCAAUGGUUGCAGUUGCUGUAUACAAAUCUAACCAGCAGAAACAACAGUUUAACAAGGCUUCCAAAAAGUCUGUGCUGGCUCCACCCAAGCUUGUGAUUCUUCACAUGGAUAUGGCUAUUCACACCUUUGAUGACGUAAUGAGAACCACUGAGAAUUUGAGUGAGAAGUAUAUUAUAGGAUAUGGUGCAUCUAGCACGGUUUAUAGAUGUGCGUUGAAGAAUUCCCGACCAGUUGCAAUUAAGCGACUUUACAAUCGGUAUCCUCACAACUUGAGAGAGUUUGAGACUGAACUUGAAACCAUUGGCAGCAUCAGACAUAGAAAUAUUGUCAGCCUGCAUGGUUAUGCAUUGUCACAGUGGGGAAAUCUCCUCUUCUAUGAUUACAUGGAAAAUGGUUCUCUUUGGGAUCUUCUGCAUGGAUCCUCAACAAAAGUAAAACUUGAUUGGGAAACUCGCCUGAAGAUUGCAGUUGGAGCUGCUCAAGGACUUGCUUAUCUUCAUCAUGAUUGCAACCCCCGAAUUAUUCACAGGGAUGUUAAGUCCUCAAAUAUCCUGUUGGAUGAGAAUUUUGAUCCACAUCUCUCAGAUUUUGGUAUUGCUAAAUGUAUACCAACUGCGAUGGCUCAUGCUUCAACAUAUGUUUUGGGAACUAUUGGCUACAUAGACCCAGAGUAUGCCCGCACCUCUCGGCUUAAUGAAAAGUCAGAUGUUUAUAGCUUUGGCAUUGUGCUUCUUGAGAUUCUGACAGGGAAGAAGGCUGUGGAUAACGAAUGUAACUUGCAUCAGCUGAUACUGUCCAAGGCCGAUGACAAUACAGUAAUGGAGGCUGUUGACCCAGAGGUUUCAGUUACUUGCAUGGAUAUGAACAAUGUUAGAAAGACCUUCCAACUUGCUCUACUGUGCACUAAGCACAACUCUUUGGACAGACCAACAAUGCAGGAGGUUGCAAGGAUUUUGGUCUCCCUUCUUCCAGCUUCUCCCACCAAGUCCACUUUGGCUCCAAAAUCGACAGACUAUGCCAAAUUUGUGAUUGACAAAGGACAUCUGCGGCGACAACUUCAGCAGCAGCAAGUUCAGCAGAACAAUUCAUCCGAUGCUCAGUGGUUUGUUCGGUUUGGAGAAUUUAUAUCUAAGAACUCCCAUUAA